UGGGGAUGCAGACGGUCUCUCGCGGAUUUCACAAGGCAUGGAGAAGUAUAUGGAAGAAUGUCAGAAGACCAUAUGCCAAGAAGACCACUGUGAAUUCUGUAAAGUUCCAGGCAGGUGAAGAUGGCAUUCCGACUAUCUCUUUGUCAGCAUGCCUUGAAGAUUCUCCCGACGAUAAUGUCACCUUAGGCACACAAGCAUGGUCGACAGAGGACAUUGUGAGACUUCAGCGUGAGGAUACAACAAUUGGAAAGGUGAUUGGUUUCAUACUUAAUGAGUCAUUACCCAGCUUAAAGGAGCGAAAGAAGGAAACUCCUGAAACAAAGGCCAUGUUACGUCACUGGAAGAAGUUGGAACUAGGUAAGGAUGAUAUCCUUCGCCGGAGAAUUGGACCACGUCUCCAAUUGGUCCUUCCACGGAAACUUCAUCAUCUCGUUUAUAAGGAACUACAUGAGGAAAUGGGGCAUCUCGGUGCAGAGAGGGUAUUGCAACUUGCGAGGGAUAGGUUCUUUUGGCCCCGUAUGCAACAGGACAUUGAACACUAUGUUACCUCUGUUUGUCGAUGUAUCAAGCAAAAACGACCGAAACAUGCUCAACGGGCACCAAUGCAGAGUAUUCAAACAACAGCUCCCUUUGAACUCAUUUCUUUGGACUUUUUACAUCUAGAAAAAAGCAGUGGUGGGUAUGAAUAUAUCCUCGUAGUGAUUGAUCAUUUUACUCGAUUUGCCCAAGCAUACGCAACACGGAAUAAAUCGGCCCCUACAGUGGCAGAGAAGCUGUAUAAUGAUUACAUCAUGAGGUUUGGGUUUCCCCUUCGAAUACAUCACGAUCAGGGGAAGGAGUUCGAGAACGAUCUACAUAAACAUCUGGAAAAGCUUAGUGGGGUAGCUCACUCAAGAACCACACCAUAUCAUCCACAAUCCAAUGGACAAGUCGAGCGUUUUAAUCAGACCCUUCUUGCAAUGUUACGCACACUACCAGAGAACCAGAAAUCCAAGUGGAAAGAUAGUCUUAACAAAGUUGUACACGCAUACAACUGCACUCGAAAUGACUCAACAGGAUUUUCUCCUUUCUAUCUACUUUAUGGUCGCUCACCUCGACUUCCCAUUGACUUAAUGCUUGGUACCAGUUUGCAAGGCACUCCGCAACAGUAUCCGAAAUAUGUGACAAAGUGGCGAGAAACCAUGGAAGAAGCUUACAGGAUCGCACGUUCUAAGUCGACAGCUCAAGCCGCGCGGGGUAAGAGGUACUACGAGAAGAAAGUGAGAUGCUCAUCACUUAAGCCGGGUGAUCGGGUAUUGGUACGAAACCUGUCAGAACGAGGCGGUCCAGGGAAACUACGCUCAUACUUUGAGGAUCAGGUGUUUGUGGUUGUGAAUCAGAAGGGAGAAUCGAGCCCAGUGUAUGAGGUCAGACCUGAGAAUGGCAAGGGCAGGAACCGGACUCUGCAUUAUAACCUCUUACUGCCAUGUGAUUAUCUCAUGAGUGACGUGAUUACUCAGCCAAAAAGGAAAACCAAAACACGGAAACCUGCAACAAGGAAUGCAGCAGAGUUGAAAGAGGAGUCGAGUAGUGAAGAGGAACCAGACUUUGUUUACGGUAGACAGGUUGGAUAUGCGCCCGACGAGAAAGAAGAAGCAUCAAGCGAAUCGGAUGUAGUCCUGGGUCAGCAGGAGGAGGUAUCAGGCGAGUCUGAUGUAGCACCGGAUCGGCAAGAGGAAAUAGCAUCAGGCGAGUCAGAUGUAACUCUGGAUCAGCAAGAGGAAGCUUCAGACGAGCUGGAUGGAGCACCCGAUCAGCAGGAAGGAACGGCAGGUGAGCUGGAUGAAGCAAUAGAGGAGCAGGCAGAGAGGGCAUCACAGCAGCAGCAAGGGGAACAAGGUGAUAGGGACAGCCAGGAGAACUAUGCUAAUGGCAGCAUCAUUGGACGACCCGAGCGGAAUAGGCAUCCACCUUUGCGGGUUACUUAUGAUGUUAUUGGUCAGCCAUCCUAUUAUCGGGGACCGGUCGCUAACCAUGGUAUAACUAUAAAUGAGUCAGCAUGGAGUGCUUACGGUGCACCUCCUACACAAGAGUUACCAUGUGCCACAUGCGGGUUCAAGGCACCCUUCGGUUUACAGGUACCCUACGGUUAUUCGGUACCCUGCAGUCUACAGACUCCCUACGGUUAUCCGGUACCCUACGGUUUACAGGUACCCUACAGAUGUCCUUCCUUCUCACCAUGGACACCAGCAAUGUAAUAACAAGUACACUAGUACACUUACUUGACUUAUAUUUGUUUGUUUGUUACAAGAAAAAGAAAAGAAAAAAAACGGUCUAGUUAGAGACACUAGUUGAAUAAUACUAGUAUAGCCUAGCAAAUAGUGUAGGUAACAAGGUGUAAGACCUUGAGCAGCAUUGGGUAUUUACGUGGCAAUGACAUUGUGCAAGAGAACUGUAGAGUAAAGAAUAAGCAAGAUACAGCUGUAUGAAGAAACAAGUGGAAGCCAUGGUUGGACUUGAUCACCCUACACCAUGCCUUCAUGGAACUGAACAUUGAAAUAGUAGAGUAGUCAGAUUUUUUUUUUCCUCAGUUGCAUUGUAGUAUUGAAACAUACUAGUAACUUAAAUGUCGAGGACGACAUCUUUUCAGGGGGGAAGUGUGUUACCCUUGGAAUUAAGCACUUGCCCAUCCCCCCCAUAGAAAAAUAUUGUAUUACCCAUAAUGCAGUGUGGGUAGAAGAGGAAGAAAACGUGUUGACCGCCAUGUUUGUUUCUGUGUGGUUUAUUUUCGGUUUAUUUUUAAUGUUACUCGAGUUUUCACAAAUUAUAAGGUAACACAUGCAUGACUCGGCUUCAAGAUCUGUUGUUCUUGUGCGAAGAAAGAGCUGCAGUGGGAAUGACGUCAGGGACUUCCCCUACAGACACCUGGCUUCCAAGAAUUAGGGAAAGCCCCGCGAGUUUUUGCUGAGCGUUCAAGGAAUCUCAUAUAUCUGUUCUUCAAAACUAGCUCCAGCUAUAAAUUGAAUCCAUCUGUUGAUCAUUAUUUUGUAUACGAGCAGUAUGAUUUCCUUUACAAGAUAUAUCGCAGUGCAAAUCUUUCGUAAAGAGGGAAUGGGUCGUAAUUAGGCGAAAUGUUUACACUUGCGGCUAUCACUCAAAACAACACGAGGAGGGAAUUUCCCCUUCUCCGCAUGGCAGGGCAGCGCCGAAUAUUCUAGAAAGAUCCAAACUCAAGGCAAAAAUCAAAUACAAAAAUAUAACAGCGCACUUUUUUUAGAUUGAUAUCUUGAAAAUUGGUAUUAUCUUGAAUAUGAUCUUAUUAAGUAAAUGGGAGCCUUUAAAAAAUAUAUCUUUUACUUUUAGCAAUGUUAUUAUUGGUAACAGGGCACUCCACUAGUAGGGACUUUCCCUCGAUUAGAAUGUCUAUAAACUUAUCGUCUUUACAUUCGUAUACUGUUGGGAGUGACGCUUCUUGGAAGAGCUCCAAAACUAAAUAUUGAUUAAAUAUGGGAGGUGUGCUCACAACAAUCAGCAACUGGGCUGCUACUGGUUUGAAUUACGUGGCGGAGGGCUUGAAAUGGCUUUGGCAAUCCGUCAAAAACCUGUUCUCCAGCAUGGCGGACGCUUUUAAGAAAAUAUUUGGCAGUAUUCACGUGUCCUACGAAAGCGAGAACGAAAGACAAGCCCAAGAGGUCCAACAAAACACAAACACCGGGACAGAGAGAGUGAUUGUAGAGACCCAUAGGGAUCGCUUCAGUUUCCGAGCCGGAAAUGAAGAAGUUUCUCGUCACAGGCAGUCAUCAGAUGCCUCCAAGAAAAGGCAGAUGAUUGAAACCCUAGACAAGGCCGAAAAGGCAUUUAGGGACAUGAAGUUGAUUAUGAUAGAAGACGUGGAGUACCAGAACUCCCAGCUCACAAAUCAAAAAUUGCAAGAUUUCCAUCAAAGGCAUAACAUAAACCACUUACAACACGAAAUUGACAGCCUUGGGAGGGUCAACCCAGUGCUCUAAUGAAGCAGCCGAUCCUGAAAGUGCGCUGAUAAAAGGCACAAUUAAGUUGACCACUAGAUUAGUUUGAUGUCUAGGUAUAUAUUAUCAGCAGUUGAUAGCAAAAAAUUAGGAGAUAAGCACUUGGUCACUGUCUACGUACGUUGAAUUAGGAAAGGUGAAUGUCCAAGCGCCCACUAUCUCUGGGGUCAGUUGUAGCAGAAAAGGGAGUUGGGGUCGUUACGUUAAAUGUAUGGCAUAGAAGGAAUUAAUAAAGAUCCCUGUUCAGCCACA